AUGUGCGCUGGACCCACCCAACACCGCGGGAGCCUCUUUCCAUUCCAGUGCUUCCUUCUGGGGGCCCUGGUGUUCUUGCUGUCUGCUACAUCCUCUGAAGCCUGUGGUGAGCCACCAACAUUUGAAACAAUGCAGCUCACUGGCCAAUCUAAACCCCUUUAUGAGGUCAGCGAGCAAGUACAUUAUGAAUGUAAACCUGGAUACAAGCGGAACCCUUCUUUCGACACUUCUUCUACUUGUGGUGCAGACAGCACAUGGUCCUCUCUUUCAAAUGCUGCUUGUUCUAAGAAAACAUGUCCAGUUCUACCAGAUCCUGUUAAUGGCCAAGUAAACGUACUUAAUGGAAGCUUGGAGUUUGGUACAUAUGUUGAAUUUGUUUGUAAUGAGGGGUUUUAUUUAAUUGGUAAGCAAAUUCUACGUUGCAAGCUUAAAGGAUUGAAUGUGGUUUGGAGCGGGGAUCUCCCACAAUGCGAAAAGAUUUUGUGUGAACCACCUCCACAAAUAGAAAAUGGAAAGUACACCCCAGAAGAAAAGGAAGUAUUUGAAUAUUAUGAAGUAGCAACUUAUACAUGUAAUCCCAAUCCUGGAUCAGAUAAAUUUUCACUCAUUGGACAGAGCCAGAUUCAUUGUUCUGGCCAUGGACAAUGGAGUAGUGACCCUCCUCAGUGUAAAGUGGUCAAAUGUCCAUACCCAGUAAUUGAAAAUGGAAGACAAAUAUCAGGAUUUGGAAGUAAAUAUUACUACAAUGCAAUGGUUACGUUUGAAUGUUUGAAGGGUUUUUACCUUCAUGGAAGUGACUUGGUUGUCUGUGGUAGAAAUAGUGCUUGGGAACCCCCAAUUCCAACGUGUUCUACAGAAGCAUCUCCUACCAAUACAAAACAGCCUUCCAAUGCAGAAUCUGCUACUUUUACAACAACUCCAAUUACUUCACAAAAAUCUCGUCCAAAUGAAGGAUCACUUACGUGUGAGGAUUUAGAUGAAUGGAUCCUUGCUUUGAUUUUUAUUACUUUGUUGGAGUUACAAUAA